AUGUCCUCUGAAGCCCCUGAAAGCUCGUUGGAUACGAUUGAAGAAACGAAAGCAUCCAUUUCUAGCAGCAUGGGCGAAGAAUCCGGGGCCUCGCAAGUGGACGAUUUUGCCGUAGGGGGUACAGGAGGAGGAGUACUACAGAGACCUCUGCAAGCCACAUUUCAGGCAACCAUGAGAGAGGAAGCCGCGUUGAUGCCAGAUUCCUUUCAGACACAUCAGGAGGAGGAAGAUGUAGAUCUGGAGUCGUCUCUCAAUACUAAACGAGCUCCAAGCUCGGAAUCGCAAGAUAUGGAUAGUAGACAACUUGUAGAAGAAAGAGAAGAAGAAGAACACCCACAGACUGAUGAUGUCACAACGGACAUCAGCGACAAGGCAGACAGUUACAUUGGUGAGGUCGACGAAUCCGAACAUGACCAAGACCUGCCAGUGCCCAAUACUAAUAAACCUGGACAGUCCAGGCGCUCGCAGUCUGCAGGAUCUCCCGUGAAUACGUCGUCCAAAAUGCUACAACGACAGUACCAACGGCGGAGUGGCAAGGAUGAUAUCGAGUUUGUUGCUGGCGGCAGCAGUCGUUCCAACUCACCCGUCCGUCCCAACGCCAAGACGCCGCUACGAAGUUCGGCAAAGUCGUCCAGCACUGCAACCGGAGAUUUGGGAGUGCGACGUGGGACUCUUCUGAGUAGUGAAAGCGCGACGAAACGUGGAGACGGACGCUUGGGAAAUUCCAGCCUGCGAGAUUUGGAUUCGUCAUCAGGAGGACAAGGACAAAGACGCCGCCACUCGUACCAUGCUCGGAAACAACCAAACGACGAUAGCUUGUCUGAUUCGUCCGACUUUUUCGUGGAAAUACAGAAGAAAGGAACAUUGGGCAGUCAUUUGGUGCAUCCUUCUACUGGAAAAGUAAAAGUGAAACGGGAAUCCGCCAUUUCAAGGAGAUCCAGCACAGACAGCAUUGAUUCCAUUGAUAUGACCAUUAUGCAGGAUCCCGCCGAGGAACUCUUGAACAAGAUUGGCGAUUUGAAGGUCAAGCCCGUCACCGAAGCAUCCCUCCAAGCGGCCAAGGACAAAUCAGCCAGUACCAGGCUCUUUGCCAAACGAAAACCACCGAAAAUUGAUCAAAGGGUAAACCUCAUGGAUGCUACGGCAGGAAACUACGAGACUGGAAGCAACAGCAGCACCAGUGGGAGUGGCAUCAGUGGUAAUAGUAGUGGCAGAGGCAGUAAACGACUCAAUGCACCAUCGCGACCCAAAAAGUACCCUUCUCGACAACGCAAUGCCAGCAAAGCGGAUGUUGGAUUGGUCGAAAUGAUUACGGGCGGUGGGUCGUCAGACUCGACAUCAUCCAAACGCUAUCGAAGUAAACGGCCAGCCACAAUACCCGAGAAACAAACGAGUUUCUGGUGUCGCUGGGAAGUUUUUGCCUUUUUGUGGUUCCUCCUGUUGGUGGCCGUGCUGUGUGUUCUUCCAUUAUUUGUGAAACAAACAGGUGGAGGAAGCGAGGCAACAAAGUCGGGAAUCAACAACAACCUCGACCGAACAAGUGACCCUGCCGAUCUCGAGACAAAGAGCUAUCGAGAUGGUACCGUGUUCUUGCCACCGCACGCGACAGAAGCAACCGCUAAUGAUCGCUAUUUUCGGGAUGGCACCAUCAGCUUACAACAACCACACGUCCAUGCAGCGACUGCUAAUAGUGAUCUGCUGCUGUCCCCCAGCACAACCAGCAAGAUGAGCGAAAUGACGCAACAAGUGGCCGCCCUUGAAGAUCAGCUGUCAGAAUUGAAGGAGCUGAUAGUGCAGCAUGGAAUCUCAAAAGCUGAUUCUCUGGAUUGGAGCACUUUCCACGACACCGACGACAAUGACUUCCAAGCCAUGACACCUCAAACCAAGGCUUUGUUAUGGUUGGCUCAUCACGACACACUGCAUACCGGUACGGAAGCUCGUGAUGUUCAGCACCACAAGCUCUUUCAACGGUAUUCUCUUGCGGUGCUCUACUACGCAACUCAUGGGCUCCAUCGAAAUGGGACAAUGAGUCUUAUUCCUAAUACUGGUCAUGGUCAUACUGACUUUUUCCCAACAUCAUUUCUGUAUCAAAAGGAGCAUGAAACAUCUUGGAUCAAUAGCCAUGGGUGGCUGUCAAAGGAAUCAGUUUGCGGUUGGAUUGGAGUUGUGUGCGCGAACAACUCUGAUGAGGAGGAAAUUCUUGCAGUGAACUUGACAAACAACGGCCUUAGCGGCAAGCUGCCCCUGCAAGAGUUGACUACUACGCUGAGGUGGAGCCUCCAUGCGUUCGAUCUCAGCGGGAACAACAUACACGGAUGUCUUGACUUUGGCAUGCCAUGGCCCCGUCUUCAAAAAAUCUACAUGCAGAACAACUUCUUGAGUGGAACCCUUCCCGUCGUCUGGUUGAAAGGAUGCAAAGCAAUGGAGGAGAUCCUUCUUUCGGGCAAUUACUUUGAAGGAUCUAUACCUGAGCUAGCAUUCGAAGACUCCGACAGUCUUCGACGAAUUCAGCUGGACCAUAACAAGCUAUCAGGCAGGGUGCCAGUUUUGGGCCAUUUGCUCCAGUUAGAGUACCUGGAAUUUCAGGGCAACUCCUUUACAGGCCCGUUUCCCAUUGGAGUUUUCAUGCUUUCGAAUCUUGUCACGCUAAGAGCCGGCAGCAAUCUCUUGAGUGGCACUCUCUCUACCGACCUGUCCAACAUGAUUGAUUUAGAGGUACUGGAAGUGGAAAACAAUCGACUAGAGGGAACGGUUCCUGAUGUCUUUUACACGCUUCCGAACAUGACACACCUCUCGCUGCGCGGCAACGGUUUUAGUGGACCGCUCCCCGAGAGCUUGGCGGCAAUGGAGAAACUAGAGACAUUGUCGUUGGAGGAGAACCAGUUUUCCGGUACCUUGUCGCCUUCCUUGAGUGCCCUAACCAAUCUGAAAUCACUACUGCUGCAUCACAACCGCCUAUCCGGGAAGGUGCCAGAUGAAGUGUGUGCGUUGAAAGAGGGCUUUUUCAAUUUGAAGAAACUGGGGCACGUAGCUGCCGAUUGCGAGCAGAAGAUUCAAUGUGCGUGUUGCGACGAAUGUUACUAG